AUGGCCACUUUCACUACAUACGCAGAGGCCGCGCAGCAGAGCUCUCAAUCUCAAGCGGCAGUCGUUGGCAACAAUACGAUCGCAUCGACCUCUGCAUACACGAACGGGCCUGAACCGCCGGUGGCAUCAUCACAAUCAAAAGACGGCGACGAGGAUGGAGGAAAGAAGAAAAAGGCCCGACGAAGGAAGGUCAACCAUGCGUGCUUGUAUUGCCGCAGGAGCCAUAUGACUUGCGAUGAGGGGCGGCCAUGUCAGCGCUGCAUCAAGCGUGAGAUUGGUCACCUUUGCCACGACGAGCAGAGACAGAAGAGCACCGACAAGCAUCCACUUCCGCCUCAGCCGAAGGCGGACGCCACACGGGCCUACGGAGCGGGGGCAAACGCGUACUCGACGCCAGUAUCCACCGCGAACCCAUCAUGGCCGCUCACUGGCCCUUUCAUUUAUCAACCGGAGACCCUAGGGAAUGAGUUCUCCGUCCUCACUGACUUUCUCGAAACCCUGGACGAACGGUCUUUCUUUACCCCUCCGCCGACGGUGACUUCCUCUCUGAUGGCGCCGAAUACCUUUCCCCCACCGCUCCCAGAUACAUUCACCAACGGAUCUAUCACAUCUGGAACACCUGCAUCGACAGUUCAGGUUGGCGCGACUGCGACUUCGCAGCCUGCGGCCCAAUCUGCCGAUGUCAACGGUAACAAUCAGAAACCAUCAGACGACGCUCCUCCCAUCUUGCCAGCAGCGACGAAGACGGAGAAGUUUCUCCUAACGGCAGCCGAUCAAGAGUCGGGCUCGAGGGACGAACGGCUCAAUAGGGUAAUCCGGAGCAAAUAUGAAGCGGGGUUGCUCAAGCCGUACAACUAUGUCAAAGGGUACGCGCGAUUGUCGAGGUGGAUGGAUAGGAACGUCUCGCAAGAGUCGAAGUCCCAGAUACUACAGCCUCUAUCGGUGCUGCGGCCGAAAUUCCGAGCUGUCGCUCAAUCUCUUCGCGAUAUCGAUCUCGUGUUCAUUGAAGAAGCCUUCGAACGCAUGUUGCUCGAUUACGAUCGCGUCUUCUCUGCGAUGGGCGUCCCCGCAUGCCUUUGGCGCAGGACUGGCGAGAUCUACAAGGCCAAUCGGGAGUUCGCAGAGCUGGUGGGAAUAGACGGAUAUAUGAUGCGUGACGGCAGGCUAUGUAUAUACGAGCUCAUGGCGGAGGAGUCGGCGGUCAACUAUUGGGAGAAAUAUGGCCACGUUGCCUUCGACUCCAGUCAGAAGGCUGUUCUGACGUCUUGCGUCCUCCGCUAUAAGCCCGUUCUCAAUCCAGCUACUCCAGCCUCUCCAGCGAAGGGUAGCGCCGCCGCAACCGCAUCUGCGACAGCUAACGCUUCAAAUCCAAAUGGUCAGGUCGUGGUGAAGAAGGAAGAGGAAGAGGAGGAAGAAGAAACGCCAAUGGAAGAAGGCUUCAUCAACUGCUGCUUUUCUUUCACCAUCCGGAGAGACAAGUGGGGCAUACCGAGCAUGAUUGUCGGGAAUUUCAUCAAGUGCUAG